CACCCAGGAAACAUUAAAAUAAUGAAGCACUUCUCAGAGUCAACGUUUGUCAUUGUGUGGGCGAGCCUGAGUAACUUUCCACAGCAUCAGCUCCUCAGCUGCAGGCAAUUAUUCUGGCAGCGCACACAAUGAGUCCUCAGUUAGUUCACAGCCUCAUGUUCCUGUGUAUUUAUCAGUGUGCAUUACUUAGUCUGGACUCCGUACCUGGACUCGUCAUUCCAAACCCUGCCAUAGCCUUGCUUCUGGAUUCAGCUGCUGCUUAAUCUUUUUCAAACAAACUGCCAUUCUCACCUGCCUGCCUCCCUGCACACCUAUAUUGGACUCAGCACUCGCCUGGACCUCGCCUCGCCUCCACCUCCAGCUAAUCCCCGCCUGCAAACACUGCCCUGGUCUGCCAGUUUCCACCAGCCCCACUCCAGUCUCAGCAGUUUUUGUUUUCGCAAAUCACUUGGAGCUUCCGGUCUUUGGUUCUGCGCCUGAGUCCAUUCCACGCCACGGACCUCUGAGUCCUGACAACGGUCUAAACAUCUGGAAAGUCCUGGAGGAAGAGAAUGGCUGGACUCAUCUGGAUUCUGCUUUCUGCGUGCCUGCUGGGUUGUACCUCUCAAGUUUCUCUUUCAGGCCAGAAAAACGUCACAGCUGAGUCUGGAAGGAACGUCACUUUGACAUGUCGAGCUCGAAAAAACAUCCAGACUGUGGAGUGGAGAAGAGCUGACCUGGGAGAUGAAUAUGUUUUUUUGUAUCGGGAUGGGAGGAAAACUUUAGUGCACCAGCAUCCAUCUUUUAAGGACCGGGUGGAUCUAAAGGACAAACAGAUGAAGGAUGGAGACGUGUCUCUGAUUCUGAACAAUGUGACGAUUAAUGACACUGGAACAUACGAGUGUCGUGUCGUUAAGAAAGGAACAAUUGGUUUGAAGCUCAUCAGCAUCAUCCACCUUCAUGUUGAUCCUCCAGGAUCUGUUGGACUAAUCGUUGGUGUGGUAGUUGCUGCUGCUGCUGCUGCCCUCGUUGUUGCUGCUGUUGCUGGAUUUGUGAUCUACAGAAACCAGAAAAAGGCAAAAGAAGUUCGUCUCAAACCUCUUGUCAUUAAACAGUCUCCUGCUGCUGUUCCCACUUCCCAGUGUUGUCAGUGAACAGACACAGCUGGAACUUCACAAUGAAACUGAUUUGUGAAAUGUCACCGACAGUUAUAGGUUUUUGUUUAACUGUUGACUUAGUGUGUGAGAGCAAAGAAAACAGAAUUUUGCUGUUUUAUCAUUUAUUAUCCAGUUAUUGCUUCAUCCAGAUCACACAAUAUAAUUCUGACUAUGAAUCACUUUGAAUAAUCUCAGCAUUAUUACAAUGUUCUGCUCUUUACACUGGAUGUCUUUGCUGCAGUGUUCAAAUAUUCAGCUUAGUUUUACAACCUGUGCCUGUGCAGAUAUUAGUUAGCAGUGACUUGCAGUUGUUCAGAAGCUCCAACUCGAACAAAAACUCAGUGCUUCUGUUUUAAUAGCUGCUCUGAAACUUGAACUUGAUACACUUGAAGCUUUGCUGUCACGCAGCCUGAUGGAGACAAUGUGGAAAUCGCUUCAGCUUGUUAACAGAUUAAAGUGAAAUUAAUUAACUUGACUGACUCAACCAUCACUCUUGGUUUGUGUUCAGCAGCAGAAAUGUGAAUUUCAGAGAUCAGAAGAUUAGAAUCAACAAUAGGAACUUUUACAUUACAUUAUUAAAA